CACACACCCCUUUCCCCCCCCCGUCAAGCACACACCCCUUUUCCCCCCCCAAGCACACACCUUCCCCCUCCUCCCCCCCUCAAGCACACAUUUUUCCCCCCCCGUCAAGCAACACCUCCCCCCC